AUGUCUGUUGUGGGCUCAUUAAUAUUCUGCACUGAUUGUGGUAAUUUAUUGGAUACUGUGGGAUCCAAAUCCACUUUAAAUUGUAAAUUAUGUCAUAAAUCAUACCCAACAUCAAAUUUUGCAAAUUUGAAGGUCAUCACCCAAUCUUCCGAAGAUGCAUUCCCAUCGGCUUUAAAGAUGAAGAGAUCGGUUGUUAAGACCUCUUUAAAGAAUGAUGAAUUAGAGGAAGGUGCAACUAUCAAGGAAAAGUGUCCAAAGUGUGGUACUGAGGAAAUGCAAUAUCAUGUGUUACAGUUGAGAUCUGCUGAUGAAGGUGCUACUGUUUUCUACACCUGUACCGGUUGUGGAUACCGAUUCAGAACUAAUAAUUGA